AUGGGCGACCGAAUUGACAGCCGGCACUUCGACUACGUGCUGCCUGUCCACGUCGACGUGGACCAAAUAAAUGAAGCAAACAAGACGUGCAUAUACGUCAGCGGGAAUGUUAACCCGCACAUGUAUAGCAAAAACACCAGUGGAAGACUGAUCAAGCUGUUAGGGGGGGCCUACAAUUACCACUCAGAAGGAGGAGCGGAAGCAAAAGCACAAGCGGAAGCACAAGUGAAAGCAAAAGCAGAAGAUCCAGCUAAGGAGGAGCGGCGGCCAGAUGGCACGCUCAACGGUGGAGUCACCACCUCGGAACAGAUCCUAGCAGAUAGAACUCUCCUGGGGAAUGGCACAAACAGUGUUGUAGCCACGACGCUCAUCGGCCCAACGCCAAACACACAAAUGUUCAGUAGGGGAAUCGAAUCACCUCAGUUCAACAUACGGAUAAAAAACACACAAGGGUUUCGAGACGAUCGAGAAAAGACCUUGGAGGAAAUAAUCGUAAAGAACUUCGAACAGAUAAUUGACCAAGGUAUGUACAAAUUUCAGCAGUUUCAUGUCCGAGUCCAGAUCUUACGUGAAUGCACUUACGUUCUGGCAAGCAUUAUCAAUUCGAUCAUUCUUAACUUUAUUCACAACAACAUAAGCUUGAACUUCGUGGUGAAUUCGGUGAACAUUGGGAUAGUCGAUCGGAGCAAGUAUGGGACUUAUGUGGCGAAGCUGUCUCGUGUACGUGUCGGCAUCGUAGCGGAAGGCCCUGGGGAUAUCGCCAAUCGGGGGGUGACCACCAAUCCGGAGGUUUCCGCCGCCCCUGCUGUGAUUGCCCCCCCACACGCGGACAAGCUCUUUUACUCAGACCAACAGAGGUACAUCCCCAAGAUUAUCUUGGACCCUCUGGACGAGGAACUCAACCUGUACUGCAGCAGCGCCUUCUGCUUCAUCGUCGCACCGGAAUUUCAGAAGGUUAUCUCAAACAUAGUGAUAAAGAACUCUGUCGGGAUGUCGUCUGAAGUGUUUAGCCUAUCCAAGUGGUACGCUUGCGAGGUGUCUCGACUUCUGCACAGCGGCAUCAGACGCAGUUACGCUUCGCACUUGAGGCGGGUGGAAACGUGCCUCGCGAGCAACUACCUUUAG